CACACAGCUUUCAGAAUUCUGUUAAAAAAUGAGUACUACUGCUACAUUUGCCACCCACUGUCAGCCCCAAUCACUGCCUGCCACUGAACAAGAAGAUGAACAAGAGCAGUCUGAGGUCUAUAUGUCUAUAUUGUGGUACGGAGGAGAGCUAGGGAUUGCUUAUUAUGACACUGGAGACUGCUCAAUCUACUUUAUGUCUGAUACACCAGAUAAUGAAGACCUUAAGCUGCUCCAGAAAGUGGUCGACGAGGUACUUCCCAAAUGCAUCUUAAGUAGCGCUAAGCAAGAUUCUAGCAUAGCCAAAUUCCUGACCAACAUAGGUGCCACUAUGGGAGACAAGCAGGAAGGAGGAAAGCCAGAAGUUGUCCUCUAUCCAAAUAUGGAUUUUGGCUUAGAAGUAAGCAAGCAAAGGAUCCUGUCUAGGCAAUUCCCCUUUGUCCCCUCUCACAUGACAGCAACUGAGAACAUCCUCUAUUUGUCUUCCAUUAUUCCUUUUGAGAGCCCACUUGUGCUAAGAGCAUUAGGAGGAUUGCUGAAGUUUCUUGACAGGAGAAGGCCUGGAGUUGAACUGGAAGACAGACAUGUGGUUGUUCCCAUUCUGGCAUUUAAAAAAUUUGUACUAACAGAUAUUGUAAAUGUAGAUCAAGACACUUACUGCGUGCUGCAGAUAUUUAAAAAUGAAGUGCAUCCUUCUGUGUAUAAACAAACCAGUGGGAAAAAAGAAGGACUCAGCUUAUAUGGAAUUCUGAACCACUGUAGGUGCAAGUGGGGAGAGAAGCUGAUGAGACUAUGGCUCAUGAGGCCUACCCGCAACUUGACAGAGCUGAACAAACGCUUAGAUGUCAUACAAUUCUUCUUGUUAGCUCGAAAUCAUGAAACUGUUCUAACUCUACAGGAGUGCCUCAAAAAUAUUAAAAAUGUACCUCUGAUUCUUAGGAGGAUGUCUCUUUCUAACACAAAAGCAAGUGACUGGCAAGCACUGUAUAAAACUGUUUACAGUGCUGUGUGUCUCAGAGAUACAUGUUGCUCCCUGCCCAGCACCAUUGAGCUGUUUCAGACUAUUUCACGAGUUUUCACUGAUGAUUUACACUAUAUUGCCAGCCUAAUCAGCAAAGUGGUAGAUUUUGAAGGCAGCAUCUCAGAAAACCACUUCAUUGUCAGACCAAAUGUAGAUCCUACCAUUGAUGAAAAGAAACGCAAGCUAAUGGGGCUUUCAGAUUUCCUUACAGAGGUAGCCCGAAAAGAACUGGAGGACCUGGAUAAUAGGAUUCCAUCUUGUAGUGUUAUUUAUAUUCCUUUAAUAGGAUUCUUACUUUCUAUUCCAAAGCUGCCCACAAUGGCGGACAAGAAUGACUUUGAGAUUGAUGGUCUGGAUUUUAUGUUCUUGUCAGAAGAAAAGCUACACUACCGCAGUGCCAGGACAAAGGAAUUGGACAGCUUACUUGGUGACCUUCAUUGUGAAAUAAGAGAUCAGGAAACACUGAUCAUGUACCAGCUACAGACUAAGAUUCUGGAAAAGUCUGCAGUACUUAGUGAUGUGAUUGAAUACACAGCACAGUUGGAUGUGCUGUUGUCCCUGGCAGUGAUGGCUCGAGAGAAUGAAUACAUCCGACCAUGUUUCUCUCACUCCCAUGUUAUCCGUAUUAAGGAUGGAAGGCAUCCUCUGAUGGAAUUAUGCGCAAAGACUUUUGUGCCCAACUCGGUGGAGAGCAGUGAAACAUAUGGCCGAAUUAAGAUCCUCACUGGGCCCAAUUCAUCUGGGAAAAGUGUAUAUCUAAAGCAAGUGGGCCUUAUUACAUUUAUGGCCCUAAUUGGCAGUUAUGUUCCUGCUGCGGAGGCAGAAAUAGGGGCAGUUGAUGGCAUCUAUACGAGGAUCCAUAGCAGAGAGUCAGUAUCUCUUGGACUGUCCACUUUCAUGAUUGAUCUUAACCAAGUAGCCAAGGCAGUAAACAAUGCCACUGAAAGGUCUUUGGUGUUAAUUGAUGAGUUUGGCAAAGGCACAAACACAGUGGAUGGCCUCUCUCUUCUGGCUGCUGUGCUACGGCAUUGGAUUAAAGAAGCGACCAAGUGCCCACACAUUUUGGUUGCCACUAAUUUCCAUAGCCUGGUGCAGCUGAAGUUCCUGCCUGAUACUCCUCUUGUGCAAUACUUGACCAUGGACACCCACCAAGAUGGAGAUGAGCUUGUGUUUUUCUAUCAGAUCAAAGAAGGUGUGUCCACUGUCAGCCAUGCAGCCAACAUUGCAGCUUUGGCUGGCAUGCCACCUAAAGUGAUUGCCCGAGGAGUAGAAGUAUCAGAGCUCUUUCGCAGUGGAAAACCCAUUCAACGAACUGACCAUUCUUUGAAAGAGAAACAGCUACAAAGUUGCAAAAUUCUGGUAGAUAAGUUCCUUUCCCUAGAUCUCAAUAACCCACAGAUGGAUUUGAAGGAGUUUAUGAAUCAAGAAGUGUUGUCCUCAUCAGCCUCCAUACUGUAACAGAUCAAAUCCCACUCCCAAGAUUCUAA